AUGGCACCGUCCGUGUUUUCAACCACUGUAGUGCUUUGUUUUUGCUUCAUUUUGGUACCACAAGACACAAAUGCGGUAUCCCCGACCCCAGACAAGUACAAGUUUCUUUACUUUCCCGUCGUUUCGACCGGCAGCCACUUCAUGACCAUAAGCCAAUCGGCAAAAGUUUUGGCUCGACUGGGCCACCAUGUUACCUUCUUAUCCUCAAACGAUGCACCUAAGUGGCAGCAGGCAGACGACGCGGAUUUGUUCUCGCACGUCGUCUUCAAAUCACGCUACACUCAGAAUGACGUAAAUAACGCAGCACAGGAGUUAUCCCGCACCACGCUGAGAGGUGAAAGCAGGAAUGGUUUUUUUAUAUUCAACACGAUUUACGACUCCGUUGUCUACGGAAACCCUUCUAUAGUCGAUGUAUUUUUAGGACAAUGUGACGACUUACUCUCGGACGACCUCGUCAUUGCGAAGCUGAGAUCGGAGGAGUUUGACAUGCUGGUCGGCGAUUCCAGUAACCUUUGCAACUCAAUAUUGGCUCAGAAACUUAACAUACCUUUUGUCCUGUGCAGUAGUCUACCAUCAAUACCAGCCGAAAAUAGACUGUAUUACGGAGUCCCAGCAGAUCCAUCAUACAUCCCAGAGUAUACCACAAGAUACACCGACAAAAUGACCUUCUUUCAACGGGUCCAUAAUGUCUUAAGCUACGGCGUGCAGGACUUUUUUCUACGCCAAUAUCUGGAAAUGUAUUAUCCACUGAAAGUCAAACACAACAUCAAGCCUGAGAUGAGUAUGCUGGAUUCUCAGCGCCAAGCUGAGAUAAUGUUCGUCAAUGGGAAUUAUCCUCUGGAGACGGCCCGCCCACUUAACCCCAACACAAUUUUCAUCAACCCCGUUGUUGGGUUACCAAGUAACCAAGUGGUUGACGAAGAUGUGGCAGAGUUUCUGGAAACGGCACCGGCUGGUUUUGUUAUCUGUUCAUUCGGAAGCUAUUUCACUAUGAUGGAACGAGACACGUUACAGAUGUUUGCUGAUGGGUUUGCCCUGCUACCGUACCGGGUGCUGUGGCAGACCAACGGAGACAUGUCUAAUAUCAAACUGGCAGACAAUGUCAAGAUCGUGAAAUGGGUGCCACUGGCGCAGAUCAUGAGUAAGUGGAUUCUCAUAAACUCCCGGAUCAGAAUUAUCCCGGAUUCUGCGUUCCAAAGUGGGUCAGACCAUUUCUGA